AUGCCCUCAAUCAUUCUUCUCUUAAUUUCUGUAGCCAUCCUGUCGUACCUUUGGCUUCAGCAAGAAACUCAGACACCACGACCCAGAGCCAUCUUGCAACCCGGAACACUGGACCAAGCCGUCAACACUACGACUGCGUCGGUUCUCCUGGUUUCGGCGUAUUUUCCGCUAUCAAUAGCCCCCAGAUCAUCGUCCAAGUACCUUUCGCGCAUCAAGCUCUUCUUGGCCUCGGUCACUACGGAUGUCUAUUUCUAUACCACACCGGCAUACUCCAGUUUCUUCAGUGAGCUCCGCGGCGACCUGCCAUUGACUAUAAACGCCUCGUUCAGCUCCCCAUUCUCUAUCCCCCCGCUUCAGGGCCUGGAAUCAACCCUUGAGAACCAGCUGGCACUGGACCGGACGAAGCAAAGGCAGCGACAUUCACCCGAACUUUAUGCUGUUUUCGCGUCGAAGCCAUACUUGCUUGAGCAAGCCGUAAUUUCCUCGGGAAAGACAUACGACUACGUUUUCUGGGUCGACGCGGGUAGCUUCAACCAACGCAAUCAUGCGUACGGGCGCUGGCCUGAUCCUGCGCGGGUCGAAUCGAUAUUCCGAGAUGGUGUCGUGGCGACUGGGAGAAAUCUAGAAGAGCUCUUCUUUGUCCCUACAGGCAGACCACCUCAUGGGAGCAUGAAGUGGUGGAACGAUGGCAUGGGGACCGUCAUCAGCGACUUUACAGAACCGUCAUAUUUCGGAGGCAGCCCUCGCGCCAUUGCGUGGUGGAGUGCUCUGUUCUACCGUUAUCAUGCCCAUUACCGUUUGCAGGGGGUGUUCGUUGGCCUCGAUCAACCUCUCAUCAACGCACUCGUCCUCAUGCAUGCCGACCGUGUCAUCACCGUUUGGCACGGCGAUCCCUCACCUGAGGGUGGCGACGACUCGCUUACCGAUGCAACAUGUGGACCUCCCUGGUACUAUUACCAGUGGUACUUUGCCUCGGACGAGGACCGUGCUGCCAUGUCCCAGAUGUGGGAUUGGCAAAGGUGGUGGAGAUGGCUAUGGCCUGCCGAGCGUUGUCGUGCGACCUCGUUAGCAAGCAUGCAGAGCCUGCUGAAGAGGUUCUUCGGGAAGGGUUGGACGCCUCCGCGAAGUCGACUCUCGGUCGAGUAG